AACCUCAGUUGGAGGAGAUAGCAUUCCUAGAUCCUCCCUCUCCUCUGGGGUGUUCCCUGAGGAUGCACAGUUUCUGACGUGAAACGAUGGCCAACACAGGCAUACAGCUUCUUGGCUUCACACUGGCCUUCCUGGGCUUCAUUGGCUUGAUAGCAUCCACAGUCAUGGUGGAAUGGAAAGCUUCAUCGUAUGCAGGAGACAACAUCAUCACAGCUCAGGCGUUGUAUGAAGGGCUGUGGAAGACCUGUGCAUCACAGAGCACUGGUCAAGUUCAGUGUAAAGUGUAUGAUUCACUUCUCCAGCUACCAGGGAUCGUACAGGGCACACGAGGGCUGAUGCUAUGUGCCAUCAUGAUGUGCUUUAUUUCUAUCAUGUUGGACAUGGUGGGCAUGAGGUGCACCACCUGUAUGUCUGAACAACCGGAGCAGAAGGACAAAGUGGCUCUAGCUGGAGGGGUUAUCUUCAUUAUCGCUGGUGUGCUUGCUAUGGUGGGAACGUCUUGGUAUGGUCAAAGAAUAACCCAGGAAUUCUACGACCCAUUCACUCCGACUAAUUCAAAGUAUGAAUUCGGGAGUGCCCUGUUUGUCGGAUGGGGAGCUGCCACUCUCAUCAUUAUAGGAGGAAGCUUCCUCUGCUGCAACUGCUCCAGCAAGGACUCAGGGAAAUCUCCACGGUACCCAGCGCCCCGCUCUGCCGGCCAGCCGGACAAGAACUUCGUCUAG